CCUCAUUGGAUUGUGCCCACCCCCAAAAAAAAAAAAAACCGAACAUAAUCCCAAAACCUCAACGGUUUUUGUGACUCUCUUCUUCUUACCACACAAAACACAUAAAUUUGAGAGAGAGAGCGAGAAAACAUAGAACAAAGAAGCAAACUUUUUUGAAGGAAUAGAUUUUAGAGAGAGAAAGUGUUGUUGGGGUUUUUUUUUAAUUUUGUUUUGCUUUUUUGAAAGAAAAAUUUGGUGUAUUUGCAGGUGAAACAAUGGAGAGUUUGGAGGUUAUUUCUGUUGAGCUUCCAGCACCUGCUUCUUGGAAGAAAAUGUAUUUUCCCAAGAAAGUUGGUUCACCAAGGAAGACUGAGAUCAUGUUCGUUGCACCAACUGGGGAGGAGAUUAAUAACAGAAAACAGUUGGAGCAGUAUCUAAAAUCACACCCAGGUAAUCCUCCCAUUGCAGAGUUUGAUUGGGGUACUGGUGAGACCCCUAGAAGAUCAGCAAGGAUCAGUGAAAAAGCUAAGGCUACUCCAACACCAGAGAAGGAACCCCCAAAGAAGCGAGGCCGAAGAUCAUUGAGUGCAAAGAAGGAAAACAAGGAAACAGAGGCUGUUCCUGAAAAAGCUGAGGGUGAGAAAGGAAGUGAAAAGCAAGAUACUCAAGCCACUGUGAAGGAAACUGCAGAAGGUGAAAAGGAAAAAGAUGGGGAGGUAAAACAGGUUGAGAAUGGAGGUAAAACAAAAGCAGCUGACCUGACUGGGGACAGUGAUGCCAAGAUGGAGGAACCUGGGGAAGAAGAAGCUGGUAAAGAUGUUAAGAUACCAGAUACUGCAAAGGAUGACAAAAAGGGCGAAGCUGCUGGUACUGCAGAAAACCCAACGUCAAUGGAAUUUCAAGAGAAACCUGCAGAAGCUUGUUGCACUGAUGGAACUCCAACUGAAGAAGAAAAGGUCGAAGCCCCUAUUGAAAAGGUGCCACAAACUCAGGCAGAGAAAGAGAAUGGUACAUGUGAGAAACAAUCUGAAAACCCUGAAACUGUGACAAUGGAAGCUAACGGGGGAGUAGAGAAAGAGAAUCCAUAUGGAGCAACCUUUGUACCUGAGGGAGAGGCUAAAGAGAAACAAGGUGUACUGGAGGUUUCUGGCAAGUGUAAUGUUCAGGUAGAGGAGAAAGGCAAGGCAGUGGAUGGGGAGUUGAUUGAAAAUGGUAAGGUUGGGCAAACUGAUGCCCCACAGCCUCCGGGACCUGCUGCCAUAAGCUGCUAAAUGUACCAUCUAUUAUCGUAGCUAUCCUGUGGUACUGUUUUUUUGUAUUUCCCUGUGUAACCUCUAUGAUUCCAUGGAUGACUGUAACAUUAAUGCUGUUGAUGCUAGAUUUGAUUGUAAGUAGGGAAAUCAACCUAUAUCCCUGUAAGAAGUAGGUUUUGAACAGUGCAGCUUUUGUUACGUUGUGUAGAACUUAGAUAGUAGGGACCUGGAACUCAUAACUUAUGGUUAGUGGCUCAAGUUUAAAGUUGGACAUGACAUGUAAUGUGGCAUGGAUUAACAGCAU